AUGUCAACUGAUAAUAGUAAGUUUUUCUUUAAAAAACACCCUAAAAAAGAAAAUUUUCAAAAAUGCAAAAUGCACACAAAACGCGCCAACCUCAAAACACUGACGCGUUUGUGUUGCGCAUCCUUGGUUUUUAUUUUUAUUUUUCGAAAAAAUUUUUUAAAAAGUGUUUUAAAAGCUUAAAUUUUCAGAAAGAGGAAAAAGAACAUCUAGACAUGAAAGAAGAACUGCUGAAGAAAGGUCGAAAAAUAAUAGUGUGAAAACUUGUCAACCGGAUGCGCCAACAAAUGGAGAAAGAAAAGCUCAACGAAAAUUGAUUACGAAAUUUGUUGGAAGAACUUUGGAAAAAGGACCAACAGGAUUACGAGCUGAAUUUCAAGGAAUGAAAAGAUCGAAUGAUUUCGGAAAAAUGAAAGCAUUUAAAGAAGCUCAAGAAUUUGGUCGAAAUCGUUAUAAAGAUGUUGGUUGUUUGGAUAAUUGUCGUGUUAAAUUAACAACACCAUGGCCAAAUGAAUAUAUUCAUGCAAAUUAUGUAUCAACACCAAAUAAUCCAAAAAGAUUCAUUUGUACACAAGCUCCACUUGAAAAAACCUGUGCUGAUUUUUGGUUUAUGUGUUUACAAGAACGUGUUGAAACAAUAUUCAUGUUAUGUAAUUUUACUGAAAAAGGAACAAAAAAAUGUCAUGAAUAUUUUCCCAAAUCUGAUAGUUUAACAUUUGAAGAAGGAGGAGGAGAAUUCAAAAUUGUUGUCAAAUUUGAAAAUUCGAAAAAUGUGAAAUUCAAAGGGAAGGGAAUUAAAGCAAAUGUUGUUGAAACACAAUUAACAGUUGAAGGACCAAAUGAUAUGUCGAUUAAAUUAACACAUUUACAUUGGAUUGAUUGGCCUGAUCGUGGUGUUCCACCAGCUGAUUUAGCUAUUAUUGAAUUGUUAAAUAAAGCAAGACAAUCAAAGUGAGUUAUCUCUCCUAAUUAUUAAUUAUCUCCUACUUAUAAUUAAUAUAAUUAUUAUUUUCAGAGGUCCAAUUGCUGUUCAUUGUUCAGCUGGAAUUGGUAGAACUGGAAGUGUUGUAAUGAUUGAAUAUAUAAUGGAACAAAUGUUAUCGAAUCAACAAAUUGAUGAUACCGAUAAAAUUAUGUUGAAAAUUCGUGAACAACGCAAUAAUUCGGUGCAAACUGAUCAUCAAUAUUUAUUUGUUCAUCAAGUUAUUAUGAAUUAUUUUCGUUUUCGAAAAUUAUUCGAUCCAACUAUUGAAGCACUUCAUGAUGAUUUUACCAAGAAUUAUUUGAAACUCGUCAUUUGA